AUGCAGGUUUCAGCUAUCAAGGAAAUAAUCCGCCGACAUCAUCAUCAUCAUGCUCCAAGAAAUUCAAAGAACACAGAGAAAAAAAUACCACGGAACAGACAUAUAAGUGCCCUGCCCUUUGAUGUUGAUGGGCUUUUACUUUUCUCUAUCAUCCAUCACACAGUAACGCUUUUGUCUACUUUGUCUCUUUUGAGAAUUUCAAUAAUUAUCCUCUCCGCUGCCAACACCUGCCGCUCUACCACACUAAUAGAAAUCCCCUUGAUAACAUCUCCUGCUCCACUGCGUGAUAUAUCAUUCGUCAGUACAGUAAUACUCAUAGUGCCGACAAGACCAUAA